AUGGGGGAAGUGGAUGCCGACGUUGCUGCUGCGCUCAGACAGCUGAAAACCGGGAACUUCAACCAAGGGCAGCAGGCCGCGCCCGCUGUCCCAGUGCAGCAGUUCCAGCGCCCCAGACCCCCGCCACCACAGUGGGAGCCCAACAAGGCGCCACGGCUAGGCCCUCCCCCGCAGGGUGUGGUCCCGCCUAAUGCCGGAGCUCUGGGGCCAUUGGUGCGACCUGCACAGCCGCAGGCAGCUCCACCUGCAGGGGCUGCUGUGCCGAGCAUUCUGGCAGCGAGGCCAACAGCACCUCCACCUCCCGGCGGAAUUGCUGCAUUGCCGCAACCUGGCAUCGCGCCACUUCGACCAGCUGCGGAUGCUGCAGGUGCUGCCACCGUGCCAGCAGCGCUUCCGGGACUUCUUCCGCCUGGCUUCGCUCCCACAGCUCCAGGAGUUGGUCUUCCGACCUCACCACCGAACUUGCUGGCAGGUGCCAGCUUGACAAGUCCAGUUGCCGGUGCCACUCCGCCAGCCUCGUCAGUCGCCGCCGCAAUUGCAGCAGCAGCUGCUGCUGGUGCGGCAGCCAACAAGAUCACGGAGACGAUGGAAAUCCCGCAGACUUCGGUCGGUGUUCUGAUUGGGAAGCAAGCGUCCACCAUCAAUGCCAUCAAGACGUAUGCAAAGGCUCACUGUUUCGUGGAGCAGCACACGCCCACGGAAGACAAGGCGAAGGUCACCAUCAUCGGCUCCGUGCAAGAGGUUGACGUUUGCAAGAAGGUAGUAAGCGGCAUUGUCGAUGGCUCCUUGAGCCCCCAGGUUCUGAUCCAGCUUGCGGCGCAGACCGCUCAGGCGGAAGCCCAGGCUGCGGCGGCAAUCCCAGGCCUCGCUGGUGGAGCUGCAGCUGCAGCCGCCACAGCCGCAGCCGCCCGCCCGCCUGGAGUUGCCUUGCCUCCGGGCCUGGUAACGCCCGCUGGCUUGGCGGCCGGACUCAGCCUGCCUGCGGGGACGCCUCCGCCCGGCUUGGGGGGCUUGGCAUCUCUGGCGGGAGCCCCGCCGCCGUUGCCGGGGCUAGCUGGGUUAGACACGAGCGCAGCUGCGCACGCCGCUGCAUUGCAGGGGACCGACCUGAACGAGUACUAUGCGCGGUGGUGGUCGCAGUACGGCACAGUCGCUGCCAAAGGAGGUGUGGAUGAGACGCAGUCCGGUGCAGUUGUGCAGGAAGCUCCGCCCAAAGCAGCGGCAUUUGACAAGGAUGCCUUGAAGAAGCUGGCAGAGCAGGCCGCGAAGAAUGCGGAGCAGGAGGAGAAAGAUGCAGCAGAGAGAGAAGUACAGGAGAAACUGGCGGCCGAGGCAGCAGCUGUGCAGGCGGCCGCCGCGCAAGUCCAGGCCCAGCAAGAAGCGCAAGCAGCGCAAGCAGCGCAGGCAGCACAAGCUGCCAAGGCAGCGCAAGCCGCAAAGAGCGCGCAAGCAGCGCAGCAGGCCGCUGCUGCGCAAGCUGCUCAAGCCGCCCAGGCGCAAGCACAAGCGCAGGCCGCGCAGGCAGCUCAAGCGGCACAGGCUGCACAAGCCGCACAGGCUGCGCAAGCAGCAGCCCAGGUGGUGCUGCCUCAGCCCCAGGUCAUUCCGGCACCAGCCCAGCCACUUGGCACAGCUCCUCUGCCAUCGGCCGUUGGGCCGGGUGCACCACCGCCACCACCACCACCGCCUGGCCAAGGUCCGGCCCCACCAGCCUACGAUCUUGAAGCCUUGAAGCGGCUUGCUGCUGCACAAGCCGGGUCCGUCGCGCCGGUCGUGCCCACGGCACACGCGCCGCCCAUUCCGGUGGUCGAAGUUCGACCACCCCCCGCGCAGCCGAAGAAGUCAAUGGGCUUCUCCGGUUUCACUUUGCAGGCAGCCUCACCUGCGCCAGCACAACGAGACAACGACUCCGUCCAGAAGAUGCUCGCCCGGCUGCAGGGAAACGUGCAGGGAGCGAAGCAGGCCCUGUCAGCCACAGGCCCUGCACCCAAUUUUGGUGGUCAACUUCCUUUCGUUCAGGCGACACCCCUGUCAAAGUUGGGACCGCAUUCUGGGCUUGGAGACGAUGACUGGGAGCCUUUGCAGGAGACCGUGAGGACUGCAAGCGCUCGAAGUGAGGUCGAGGAAGCCGCCAAGGCCUUCCUCAGAAACUUCGCACAGAUGAGUGCAGAGCAGCUGGCAGAGCUUCUCCACCUGAUGGAAGCGAAGGCUCAUUCCUACCCAAGGGACUUCUACACCGAGUUGGGCAGCAUGCUUGGGCACAAGCUGAAGUCAGCAACAAGUCCACAGAUCGCCCACAUCAUGAGCGCGUUUUUGUAUUGGUCACCAGAGGGCAGGCAGCGGUUCAUCGAUUCAAGCCGGGACUUUCUGGCGGUGGCAACUGCCGAGGUUCCGACUCGGCUGAUGGAGCUUGCGCCUCACGAGUUGAACACCUGCUUAGCCGGCUUGGUGUCAUUGGGCUGCUCGGACCACAAGUUCUUCGUCUCUGUUGGCAAGUCGGCCCAGGCGCGGCACAAGACCUUCGGCCCCAAGGAGCUCACCUCGCUCCUCACCAUUUUGUCCGAGGUGCGCCUGGUGCACUCCGAGCUCUUUGCCUCGGCGGCCUCGGCCGUGGCCCCAAGGGUGCGCGAGCUCCGGCCCGUGGAGGUGCUGCGCUGCGCGCGCUCCCUGGCGCGCUGCGGGGUCAAGAGCGAGGCCUUCUGCCAGGCCGUGGGCGACGACGUGGUGGGGCGCUGGUCCAAGAGCAACUCGGGCUUCCGAUGCGAGGAUCUCGUGGAUUUGUGCUGGUGCUUCUGCGUUUUGGAGCACUACCACCCCGAGCUGAUGCAGCUCACCGUCCAAGUGCUGCAGGACACUGCCAAGGUCACAGCAGACGCACUGUGCCAGUUUUACGAAAUCCACCUCUCUUUAGAGACCGAGCACAAAGAGCGCUACGCCUCGUUCCGAAUAGACGACAAGGCGGCGGGAAAGCUUCUGGAACACUAUAAGGAGAAUCGCCGAGAUUGUCGGCGGUGCUCUGAGAAAGUCCGAUCAGACAUCUCCGCAGCAGUGAAGGGCCUUCUAGAGGGCCAUGUGCAAUCCAACCACCGCACCAGUUUGGGUCUUCUGUCGGACGUGGCAGCCUUGAGGAAGCGAUCCUCUACGGACGGGUAUGUCCACAUCGACAUCGACGGUGCCUUGUCGCUGAUUCGUCCUAUCGACCAGGACGAAACUGCUGGCCCGAUUGUCGAUGGCGCAGUGGCACUCAGGUGGUGGGACCACCAGAUGCCUUGGCAGUCCUUCUUCACGGUCUGCGAGAUGGUGGCUCCCCAGAUCGACCUCGCCUUCAUUGGAGUGCUCCGAGAGGGUCGGGUGCUUUAUCACUGUUGCUCCAACGAGUGCGACAGCCCCCCACUGCUGAAAGAACCUGCUGUGACGGACGUGGAGGCGCUGUUGUCCCUGGUUGCCGAGGUCGCCGAAGAGCUUCCGGAUAUGGUUUUCCUGUUCAACACCGGGGAUCAACCUUUUGCAGACAAGGUGUACUGGACCCCCAUUCCGCAGUUCCACUGGGUUCGAAGUGCCGGCCACUGGACGAUCCCUCUUCCAAAUCCCUACCAUCUCAGGGCCCAUGCCCAGAAUCUCCUCGGUGACUUUCCGCAGCAUAGGGAUCAUCACCUGCCUUGGGCGAAGAAGAUUCCAAAGGUUUAUUGGAGGGGCCAACUCUCCGCCCCAGACAACUUCCUCCAGGAAGACAUGGGGACGCUGCCAAGGGUUCGCCUAAUGAAGUUGGCGAAAGACUUCCCUGAGCUUUUUGAUGUCGGCAUUACAAGUGUCGAUCGGGAAAUGUACAGAACCAUCGGCAAAGCCGGGGCAAAGCAGCUGGUGAAGCAACUUGGGGGAGAGGCCCGGUAUGAGAAGCUGCGGAAGAUCAUGCCAAGAUAUCGGUACCUUAUAAAUGUGGCUGCAGUGCUUUCAGCUUGGCGGCUGGCCGAGAUGCUUGCUACGGGAUCUUUGGUUCUCAUGCAGGACAGUGCGGAUCGAGAGGUGAUUCUAGAGUGGCUCACUCCCUGGGUGCACUAUGUUCCGAUCAGCCAGGGCCUUUCGGACCUGGUCCCCAAAGUGAGAUGGCUGGAAGAGAACCCGGAAGAAGCGGAAGCUAUAGCCCGACGAGGCUUCGAGCACUUCUCGCAGCGUGUACGCCGCCACGACACGCUCUGCUACCUCUGGCAGGCCUUUCGGGCCGUUGCCAACUCACAGACCCGGCCGAGCCCUGCCGAGCUCCUGCCUCGCACCGCGGGGUGGACGGAGCUGAAGCCUCAGCUGAUCAAAGGUGUCGAUGGCUAUUUGCAUCUCAAAGAUCUGGAAAAAGAUGAAUCAGUGUAUCGUUUGUCUGAAGCGUCCUGUACAGAGUGGGAGAGGUUUGCAUCCAUCGCAUUCUUCAUGGCAACUCUGCGGAUCCUCGCAAAGAAGGGGCUGCGUGUCGCGACAGUCAGGGAAAAUGACUGGAAGAGCCUGGAUGACCAGAAGGAGUUUCCGGGGCGAUUGGUCUUCUCGUCUUCUGCGACGGUUUACAGGCCUUCCGAGGAGCCCCUCGACGAGACCAAAGAUCUGGGAUGCACGAAUCCCUAUGGAUGGACGAAGUACAUGAUUGAGCAGAUUCUUCGGGACUUCGCCGCGGCAAGUCCCACCUUCCCGAUCUCCAUCCUGCGCUACUUCAACCCAGUGGGAGCCCACCCGAGUGGAAGGAUAGGCGAGAACCCGCACGGACCACCCAACAACCUCAUGCCGUUCGUCCAGCAGGUCGCGGUCGGUCGCAGGGAAUGCCUCAGUGUCUUCGGGAAUGACUACGACACUCCUGACGGGACUGGUGUGCGGGAUUACAUCCAUGUAGACGACCUGGCCGAGGGCCACAUCUGCGCGAUGGAGAAGCUCAUGACCAUGGACGGUGGCUGCAUCAUCCACAACUUGGGCUCUGGCAAUGGAUACUCUGUCUUGGACAUGGUGAAGGCCUUCGAGGCAGCAUCUGGCAAGUCCAUCCCGUACAAGGUCGUGGAUCGAAGAGCUGGAGAUUUGGGGAAGGUGGUUGCGAACGCGUCCAAGGCGAAAGCCGACUUUGGCUGGGAGACCAAGCGUGGGCUCAAGGAGAUGUGCGAAAGUGCAUGGAACUGGCAGAGCAACAACCCGUACGGCUACGAAGAAGCCCAUUGCUCCUGCCUGACAUCCGCCUUCUGUGAGCCAGGCGCUGCGAGCACGAUGACAGUUUCCGGACGUGGAUCUCGAACGACAUCUCCGAAUCGCGGGCAGGUCUGGAUCGCCGCAGCGGCUGCUGCCAUCGUUUUGGUGGCCACAGCGAGCGAAGCCUUCGUGACGGCUGCGCCACCUCUGCACUCCGUUCAGCUGGGGCAGUCGACGAUUGCCAGCCGCUCCACUUCGAUGAACAUGAGGACAUCUACGAACGGACAGGCGGAUCUUCUUUUCCGCGCCAGCGCUGCCACUGCGCUGCUCUGCCUUGCCUUUGCUUCGCGCACGAGCACGCCAAAGCCUCGCGCUUCUGUCCAGUGCAGGGCAGUGCUCGUUCCGGCCUCCUACGCGCCGGCUGCCACCGCCCCGGUAUCUGCUCCAGCGGCUCCUGUUCAACUGGAGCAGGCCCCUUUGAUCGACUUCGAGGCCCCUGAGGAGGUGAUCGCUGCCCCGGCCAUGGACAUCGUCAUGGAGUCGACGCCUACUGAGGCGCCUGCUACCCCUGACGUGAUCACGGCCACCCCGUCAGUCGCUGCGCCGCGUGUGCGCGCCGGACGUGCCCGCUUGGCUGGUGGCUCACGUCGUGCGAGCCGACCCCGUGCCGCCAGAUCCGCCCGGCGUGCCGCUGCCUCUGCCAGCAAGGCCCGAAGCUCCAUCGGCAAGCGCUUGCAAAAGCGUGUGGCUCCAAGCCCUGUUGCCGCACCUGCCUUUGACCCCAGCACCGUGCGCCAGAGCGUCCAGAUCGGCCUCCGCAUCUCCUCCACCCUCCGAUCCGAGAAGGGGCGGGAGUGCAAGUCGACCUCCGCACUGGAAGGCUCUGAUAUGAGCACAGGUUUACGUAUUCAAGCAAAUGCAUAUGGCGAAUAA